GGCAGUUUGGUAUCGUCGCAGCGAGAAAGCAAAGGGGAGGAGUGUUCUUUCUUUGCUUUUCUUCUUUUUCUGGUCAUGAUUGUGUGUAGCAGGCAGAGUUUUACACGAUGGAGCUGCCGGGGACGAUUAGACAACGCUUAGAAGACUUUUCUCGUAAUGUUUUAUUUGACCAGAGUCGGAAUGUGCCGUUCUCACAGGACCAUGAAACGUUCGUGCCACAGGACAAACGGGUUCUGUCCAGUCUCCAGCUCCAGAUGUCUCUGUACUUUAACAUGUGGUUCUUCCCCUUGUGGUGGGUCAGCGAAGUGGUGAUGCUGCAGCUCAAGUACCCUGUCUUGCCGGACUACUACAAAUUCAUCCUUGUGACUGUUCUCAUACUGAUGACACUGAUUGAGGGCAUCAGACUCUAUCUCGGUUAUGCUGGGAACCUUCAAGAAAAGGUCCCAGAGUUGGCUGGAUUUUGGCUGUUGAGCAUCCUGCUGCAGUUUCCACUAAUCCUCUUUCAGCUCUUUAAUGAAGCUAUUCUCAUCCAGCCUCUGGAACGAGGCGUUCACAUAGUUCUCGCCAUAUUCAUACUCACACAGGCCCUUGCAGGUUUUGUGGCGCUCCGGGACAUGGUCAGACACACCGAGAGCCAAUUUCAUCUACGACAGUUUGACUGAAUUCUGCAGCUCUGACGCGCCGGCCACAUCUUAACACAUCAAGACAUAUCCCUAAGAUGCUUUUACAGUCCUGUGGGAUCCAGAUGCAUUAACUUUCAUUACAUGAUAGUAAUAAAUGUCCAUUAAUAUCACACCUUCUUUGCUAAGAGGCUGAGCACAAACAAAAAGAAAAAAUAUAUUUUGUAUUACUUGUCGUGCACGAGAUGCUUCCUGCUUAAGAUUUAUUGUUAGAGAGGAAAGAGUUUCAUAUUUAUUUUUGUAAUUUAUUGGUGGGAUUGUAUUGUUCUUGUAGUUUUGCAGUAAAGAAAAUAUCCAUGA